GUUUUGGAGUUCCGAGUGGCGAGAGGACAGUCUGCCUUCGGCUUACGGACCCUGCGAUGGCGAACUCUGGAGCCCUACUGCCCCUGGUACCUACCAAGUUGUAGAUCCAGUCCAGGGCUCGUCGACUCACUGGCCUCAUGGGGUCGCAGCCGCAGCCGCCCGGGUCUCCGCUUUCUCGCGAGGAGGUUGAAGCGCCCCCUCUGGCGCCUGCGGAGGAGGGAAGGCGCAGGAGCCGCCGCGUCCGCCUCCGCGGAUCCUGCCGCCACCGGCCGAGCUUCCCGGGCCGGCGGGAGCUGGCCUCCAGCGGCCCCGCCGGGCCUGCGACCGCGUCCUCCGAGAUAAUGGCUUCAGCCGCUAAGGAAUUCAAAAUGGACAACUUUUCACCUAAAGCUGGCACUAGCAAAUUGCAACAGACAGUACCAGCUGAUGCAUCUCCUGAUUCUAAGUGUCCUAUAUGCUUGGAUAGAUUUGAUAAUGUGUCUUACUUAGAUCGCUGUCUACAUAAGUUCUGUUUUCGCUGUGUGCAAGAGUGGUCAAAAAACAAAGCUGAAUGUCCACUAUGUAAACAGCCAUUUGAUUCCAUUUUCCAUUCUGUGAGGGCUGAAGAUGACUUCAAGGAAUAUGUCCUAAGGCCUUCAUAUAAUGGUUCUUUUACUGCACCUGAGGUUCGAAGAUUUCGCUACCGGACAACUAUGACACGGGAACGAGAGCGGGAACGGGAACGGGAACGGGAACGGAGUGCUCUUUACUCACCUAGUAGCACAGUACAUAGAAGAACUACUACCCCACCAGACAGCGGAGUACUGUUUGAAGGGUUAGGCAUUUCUGGAAGAUCUAGAGAUGGUUACAUUCCUCAGUUUGUGAGACAAAUGGCAUUAGGGGCACCAACUGUUGCAGUUGAUAGAUCUUUGCGGAAAAUCCAAGAACAAGAUAUUAUUAAUUUUAGACGAACUCUUUAUCGUGCUGGUGUUCGAGUUAGAAGUAUUGAAGAUGGUGGCCAAUACAGGGAUAUUUCAGCUGAGUUCUUCCGUAGAAAUCCAGCUUGCCUUCACAGAUUAGUUCCUUGGUUAAAACGUGAACUUACAGUUCUUUUUGGAACCCAUGGAUCAUUAGUCAAUAUUGUCCAGCACAUCAUUAUGAGUAAUGUUACUCGCUAUGAUUUGGAGAGUCAGGCAUUUGUGUCUGACUUAAGACCAUUUUUGCUUAAUCGAACUGAGCACUUUAUACAUGAAUUUAUCAGUUUUGCACGAUCGCCUUUCAAUAUGGCAGCUUUUGACCAGCAUGCUAAUUAUGAUUGCCCUCCUUCAUCUGAAGAAGGCAGCCAUUCUGACUCUUCAGUCAUAACAAUAUCACCAGAUGAGGCUGAAACUCAAGAGCUAGAUAUGAAUGUAUCCACUGUUAGGCAGGCUCCAUGGGAUGAUGAAACUCCUGGACCAUCGUACUCAAGUUCAGAGCAAGUGCAUGUUGGCAUGUCUUCCCUUUUAAAUUCCUCGGACAGUUCAGAUGAAGACGUUGUCUCUGGAGGAGCUACAUCUCAGAUACAGGGAAUCCAGACAAGUGAUGACCUACACAAUGACAGUGAUUCAUCAUCAGAUAACUGUGUCAUCGUUGGGUUUGUUAAACCACUAGCUGAAAGGACCCCAGAACUUGUUGAACUGUCUUCUGAUUCUGAGGAGUUGGGCUCUCGUGAGAAAGUGGAAACUGUGAAGACACAAGAACAAGAGCAGUCUUACAGUUCAGGUGAUAGUGAUGCUAGUCGAUGUUCAUCUCCACAUUCUGUCCUUGGAAAGGACAAGCAAAUGAGUAAAAGCCAUUGUGAGUCUGAUACAAGAAUAAAAUCAAAGAGAGAAGAGAACCGGUCUGCAUCGCCGUCAGCUCGCAGGGACAGCUCAUCUACAAGAGGAGACAGAGUAUGUUCCCCAUAUAAUCAUCGACACAGGAAGCGGGGAAGAUCAAGAAGUUCAGAUUCACGUUCCCAGAGUAGAAGUGCACAUGAUCCGAGGAACCAUAGGAAGCAUGGAAAGAAAAGAGUGAAGAAUAGACGAUCCAGAAGUAGGGAAAGUAGCAGCAGACCUAGAGCAAGGAAAGACAAAAAGAGAUCAAGAACUAGAGAUAGCAGCUGGUCAAGAAGAAGCCAGACACUUUCUCUAAGUAGCGGAAGCACCAGUAGGUCAAGGUCUCAUAGCAGUGAUCAUGGCAAAAGAAGAUCACGAAGCAGAAAUCGAGAUCGCUACUAUUUAAGGAAUAAUUAUGGAAGCAAAUACAAGUGGGAAUAUACUUACUAUAGCAGAAACAAGGACAGGGAUGGCUAUGAGUCGUCAUACAGGAGGAGGACUCUCUCAAGAGCUCACUAUUCUAGACAGUCUUCAAGUCCAGAAUUCAGAACUCAGUCUUUUUCUGAAAGGACAAAUGCUAGGAAGAAGAGUCACAGUGAAAGGAAGUACUACUACUAUGAAAGGCACCGAUCAAGAAGCAUGUCUAGUAACAGGUCACGGACUACACCAGCUGCACCUGACCGUGUGAGAAAUGAAAAACCUGGAGGGAAACGGAAGUACAAGACCCGGCAUUUAGAAGGGGCUAAUGAAGCAGCUCAACCAUCUCGUGAGUUUGCUUCAAAAGUGAAGGACAGUCAUUUCCAAAAAUCAUCAAAAUUGGUUGAAAAUUAUAAAAAUGAGAGUGACAGUUUUUCAGAUAGAUCAUCAGACAGAGAGACAAAACACAAGAAGAGGAAAAGGAGGACACGGAGCCUAAGUGUAGAGAUAGUUUAUGAAGGAAAAGCUACUGACACAACUAAACACCAUAAAAAGAAAAAGAAGAAACAUAAGAAGAAGCAUAAGAAACACCAUGGAGAUAAUACUUCACAUUCCCCAGUUGUUAUAACCAUCGACAGUGACAGUGACAAGGAUUCUGAUGUAAAGCCAGGUGUGGAGUGCAGAGAUAGCAGCCUUCCUCAGCCUGUGCACAGUGAAGUUUUGGCUCCUUCCUUGGCGGCAUUUGAAACUAAAGACGUUGUCACGAUAGAAGAUGAGCUUGCUGUCCUGGACAGCACUGUUACUAUACUUCCUGAUGACUCAAGUACCAGCCAUACUGUGGGUAACAGUGUACCACUGGCAGACUCAGCUGAACAGACUCUUGAUGUACGAGAAGAAAGCAUCUUUGCCUCUGAUUUGGAGAGCCAGUCCAGUAAUGUGUCUAUACGGACUGAGCCAUCAAGACCAUUGCCAUCUCCGCGGACCUCAUUAUUGUCAGUGUCUCUUAGUAGAGACUGUGAUAUGUCUUAAAACUGCCAAAGCAUCUCAUUGAUAAUUCAGAGGCUUUAGGAAAAAGAGGUGAAACGUCAUCUGGAUGACUUUUGCUGGAAAAACUUUGCCUCUUAAAAUAUUUGUGUGCGUGUGUGUGAAUUUGUAAAAUUUAUUAUUUGUUAAAAAAAGUUAUGUAUGUCCCAUACCCAGAUAUAUGCACUUUUAAGUGAAAAAAAUGUUGCUAGCAGUUUAUUUAAAACUUGGGAACCUUUUUAAAUGAAAAUAAAAAAAUUUAGAAGUUACUUCAUAAAGCCAUAUGGUAUUGACAUAUUUUUAUGCUAGUAUUUUUGAAAAUUUUUUUUGAGAAUUAUUCUGGAAAUGUGUUACAAGCUGGGAUGCUUUUGGACUGUUAUUUUUCAUAAAAGAUUUGUAUGAUCCAAAACCAUUUCUUAGUCAUUUUAAUCACAGGUUAUCUUGACUUCUGACAAAGGCAAAGUUUAGUGGUUUCUUUAUAUACUUGUUUAUCUGGACUGACACUAAAAUGUGUAUUCAACAAAAGACAAUAAAAUAGUACACUCUAAAAGAA